AUGGAGUCCGACGCAGCAGAGAAGUCCAUCGAGAUGUGGAAGAUCAAGAAAUUGAUCAAGUCGCUCGAGAUGGCCCGUGGUAACGGUACCUCGAUGAUCUCAUUGAUUAUUCCACCAAAGGGUCAAAUCUCGCUCACACAGAAAAUGUUGACUGAAGAAUACGGUACGGCGUCCAACAUCAAAUCACGUGUCAACAGAUUGUCUGUUUUGUCGGCCAUCACUUCGACCCAGCAGAAGUUGAAGUUGUACACACACGUUCCCAAAAAUGGAUUGGUGGUGUAUUGUGGAGAUGUUCUCACCGACGAGGGUAAAGAAAAGAAAUUGAAUAUUGACUUCGAGCCAUUCAAGCCUAUCAACACAUCCUUGUACUUGUGUGACAACAAGUUCCAUGUGGAGGCGCUUUCGGAGUUGUUGCAAGACGAUGACCGGUUCGGAUUCAUCGUCAUGGACGGUAAUGGUGCUCUUUUCGGUGCUGUUUCGGGAAACAACAGAGAUGUGUUGCACAAGUUUACCGUUGAUUUGCCCAAGAAGCACGGAAGAGGUGGUCAGUCUGCUCUUCGUUUCUCGCGUUUGAGAGAUGAAAAGAGACACAAUUACGUCAGAAAGGUGGCUGAGGUCGCUGUCCAAAACUUCAUUGAGAACGACAAGGUGAACGUGAAGGGUUUGAUUUUGGCCGGUUCUGCUGACUUCAAAAACGAGUUGUCCAAAUCCGACUUGUUCGACGGCCGUUUGCAGGCCAAGGUCAUCAAAAUCGUGGAUGUUUCUUACGGUGGAGAGAACGGUUUCAACCAGGCCAUCGAGCUUUCGGCUGAAACCUUGGCCAACGUCAAGUUUGUCCAGGAAAAGAAGUUGUUGAACCAGUACUUCGACGAGAUCUCCCAGGACUCUGGCCGUUUCUGUUACGGUAUCGAGGACACCUUGAAGGCUCUCGAUUUGGGUGCUUGUGAGACCGUCAUUGUCUACGAGAACUUGAACAUCAUCCGUUACACAUUGAAGGACUCCGAGGAGAACCAGGUCAUUGUCAAUGCCAACCCAGACUUGCCUGACAAGUCCUACAUGCUCGACAAGGCUACUGGUACCGAGAUGGAGAUCGUCAAAGAAGAGAUGUUCUUGGAGUGGUUGGCUGAAAACUACAAGUCCUUCGGUGCCGCUCUUGAGUUUGUCACUGACAGAUCUUCUGAGGGUGCCCAGUUCUGCCAGGGUUUCGGUGGUAUCGGUGCCAUGUUGAGAUACAAGGUGAACUUCGAGCAGUUGGUGGAUGAGUCCGACGAGGAUGAGUACUACGACGACAGUGAAGACGACUUUAUUUAG